AUGGCUAAGCUCACUCCAUUCAAUAUCGCGAUCUCCUGCUUCGGAGCUUUAGGAGCCUUCAGCUAUGGCUUUGGGUUUGCCAUUUUUGUUACUAGCAUUGGCCAGCCAGGAUUUUUUACAUACUUCAAUCUUGAUCGUGACAUUCUAGGUGCCAUAAGUGGACUGUUUAACUUUGGACUCGCAGCCGGAGCCCUUUUACAAGGAUGGAUUUCCGAUUCUUUUGGUAGAAAGAAGGCAUUUGCUUUUGCCAGCAUGUGUUCUUUAAUUGGUGGUGCUUUAGUUGCUGGCUCUGCUACUAUUCCGAUGCUGAUCAUUGUGCGAAUGCUGCAAGGAAUUGGUUUGGGGAUACUUGUUGCCUUGGUGCCAAUAUAUAAUACCGAGGUCGCCCCCCCUCAUCGCCGUGGCAUGCUCUCUGGGCUUACUGCUCUGAACUUUGCACUUGGAUAUCUAGUGUGUGCAUGGGUGUCUGUUGGUACUUACUAUGCGAAGGAUAUCACGCUGCAAUGGAGAUUGCCCUUAGCCUUGGCUUGUUUGGGGCCUCUUAUCAUUCUUGCAGGCCUCCCAUUUAUCCCUGAAUCUCCUCGGUUCUUGACCAUGACAGGAAAGACAGAUAAGGCUUGGGAAGUUCUUCGAAAGAUCCAUCACGAUAAGAACGACCCUGAAGAUCUGGCUGCUCAUGCAGAGUAUACUCAGAUUAUGAGACAGCUUGAACAUGAUAAAGAAGAGGAAACAGGAUAUAUAAAAAUGUUUACAAAGCCUUCUUGGAGAAAAAGAACUCUCCUUGCAAUGUUUAUUCAGUUCGCAGCACAAUCUACAGGAAUCCUUGCGAUUGCGAAUUUUCUCAUCCUCAUAUUAGACACCCUUGGAAUGGAAGGAGCUAUGCCACUUAUAUUAUAUGGUGUUUUUGCUACUAUCGCUAGCAUUUCUCUCCUCAUCUCACUGUUUGUGGUCGACCGAAUUGGACGUAGAAAACUAUUCUUGAUUGGGUUUCCGGGACUUGGAGUAGUCUUGUUAAUUGAAGCCUUAUUACAGAGGCAAUAUCUAGAUUCAAAUAACAAAGCCGGUCUGGGAGCAUGCGCAGCUAUGCUUUAUGUUUAUAUGGUCAUAUACACUGUCUGCAUUGAUGCAACCUCUUUCGUCUGGAUGUCGGAGAUAUUUCCCACAACAACUCGUUCAAAAGGAGUGGGCCUCGGCUUCUUUGCCUAUUCUGUUGGGGCGAUUACCUACACAACUCCAUCAGCCCUUGAAUUCCGGAAUAUAAAGUAUAAUAUAUUUUACCUUUACAUGGGUUUGUGUUUCAUUUCUACUGUUGUUGUAUACUUCUUUAUAUGUGAAACCAAAGGUCUUCCUGUUGAAGAAAUUGGGGGUUUGUUUGGGGAUAAAGUUGUUGUUCACUUGACUUCAGAUGGGCAGGGAAUUGUUGAAGACAACUCAUCUAAGGCGGAAAUUGAGAACAUGGAAGUUGUUGAAAAGUUCUAAUCCGAAGGCGCCAUCACAGCUCUAGCGGCGUGUAACUUAGAAGUUGCUUCGCAGAUCAGCCGGACUAGUAUAGUCACUCCAAUCCUAUAUUGGAGGUCUCAGCCGUCUAUUACUUAUGUG